AUGCCGAGCCACAAGAGUUUCCGCACCAAGCAGAAGCUUGCCAAAGCUCAGAGACAGAACCGUCCUAUCCCCCAGUGGAUUCGUCUCAGGACUGGUAACACCAUCAGAUACAACGCUAAGCGGAGGCACUGGCGCAAGACCCGUCUCGGUAUCUAA